UGAGACAUUACAGUUAACUUAAAUUACAAGGAAUAUUACCAAAAACUAUUAAAAUGUUCAAAAUAAUUCUAACACUUUGCUUUGUUGGAGUGACAUUUGCUUCACAAAUGGAAAUUUUAUAUCCACCACAAGUAACACGUGGUCGUAUUGUUGGUGGUCAAGAUGCUCCAGAUGGUAUUGCACCAUAUCAAGUAUCAUUACAAAGUUCAUCAUCCGGAUCACAUUUCUGUGGUGGAGCCAUCGUAAGUGAUAAAUGCAUAUUGACAGCUGCACAUUGUGUUAGAGGUAGACAACCAUCUAGUACAUAUGUUGUUGUUGGAUCACAAACAUUGUCAAUUAGUGGCAAAAGACAUCAAGCAGAAUCAAUUGUUAGUCAUCCACGUUACAAUAGCCCAGCUUAUCAUCAUGAUAUUGCUGUUGUAUGUGUUAAAGAAAAAUUCGAAUUAAAUGAUAAAGUUCAAGUAAUUCCAAUGAAUGAUCGUAAAUUAGUAGCUGGUGAUGUUUUAAGAUUAACUGGUUGGGGUACAUUAAGUUUAGGUGGACGUGUUCCCGAUAAAUUACAAAUUUUAAAUGUUGGUUAUGUUCCAUAUGCUGACUGUAAAGCAGCUCACGGUGGCAGCAGUAUGGUUGGAGAAGGUCAUGCUUGUACAUUUAAUAAAGCUGGUGAAGGUGCUUGUCAUGGUGACUCUGGUGGCCCAUUAGUUGUUGAUGGUAAAGUUGCUGCAUUAGUUAAUUGGGGAACACCAUGUGCUCGUGGUAAUCCAGAUGCACAUGCUGAUGUUUAUCAUUAUUAUGAAGAUUUCGUUAAACCAACAUUAGAUCAAUUACAAGGAUAAUUAAAAGAAGCGGGAAAUUUUAGAAAAUACAUAGACUGAAAAAAUGAUAAGGAGAAAAUAAAUAUUAAUUUUUUUAAAAAAACAAUUAAAAUCUGGCUUUAUUAAAUAAUUUCAAAAACAGAAUAAUAUAUUUAGUCAUUAUUAAAUUGUAGCAAAGCUCUCUUGACAUUGCUAUUGAAUUAAAGCAAGUUAGGUCAUUUAUUUUUAAGGCUUUAAGAGACUUCAACUUGCAUGUAAAACGCUAUUCACUAAAAUAUUCUUAAUAUAAAUUUUAAUCAUUUAAUCUAGAAAGC